AUGUGCAAGAAAGGACCUAGAAAAGCUGAUGCUGUGUUCAAAGACUUUUCGCGCGAGUUUUUGCGAUUAUACGAGCAAGAAUGCCGUCGAGGUCUUGAAGGGACAAAUCUUUGCGUAAAAUGUCCAGCUCGAUUCGAGACUCGGCCGGGACUUGCGAAUCACUUUAAAUUGCAUUUCGGAGAGAAACGCAAGUUCGCCUGCGAGUUAUGUGAUUUUUCGGCGACAACGAUGAAGUCAUUACGUUUCCAUCGACGGGUACAUGAUCGUUAUGGCGUAGGGCCAGCUGCUAUUAAGGAUUCACCUAAGAACGGGCUUUCUAUUGAGGACUUACACUGCGAGACGUCGUCUUCCACGGAAAUUUGCCUUACUUCUCCCUCUCCACCACAGCUGUCUCCACCAGCAACAUACAGUGCAUGUCUGGGACGGAGUCAGACCGAACCGAGCCAUCUGUCCACUCUCCUUUCGCAGCCCGCAACACCACCGCCGUGUCGUCGAAGUGCUGCUCCUGUUCCUCCGAUGACUCCACCGCCGAAUCUCGUUCGAGCCAUGAACAGUACUGCCGUGCUGAAUCGUGCAUUUCAAGAAGACCCUCGAAAGUGUAUCCAGUGCCCCUACAAAGGGAAAACAGGAGAACGGAUGAAAAACCACAUGGUCGGUCACCAGAAGCGUUCAGGUUUCCAGUGCCCGUUCUGCACUUUCAAAAGUGAAUCGGCUGGCUUUCUGAAGCGUCAUGUGGAUAUACAUGGGCAAAAGAACUAUACAUGGCCUCCCAUUUACGUGGGCGUUCAUCCAACAAAGCGGACCGUCGAUUUGGUUGAAAAGCGGGUUCAAAGCAGAUCCACGAUGGUUUGUUCUUUGCUUAAGAUGUAG